UAAACUGUGACCUAAAAAAAAACGGUUUAUUUCGUGCGCUAAUCGGAGCUGAGAUAUAUGUUUGGAAAGUCCCCCCUCGAAGCGGGGGCACGCGACAGCGCAGAAAUUGGGCGCAUCGCAAGCAAGCACCAAUCGUCCAGCGGGUUGCAGGAUACCGUGGGGCACCCCAAGGAUCACUACACGGUCCUAGGGGUACGUAAAGUGUACAAGGUUUCGCAGAACCGUAGGUGGAGAAAUUUAUUGCAGCGAAAAAUCGGCGACGUCGACGUCGACGGUAACGACAACGCUACCGCGAACCAAAAUUGUUGUAAAAACGGUGGCCAAGGUAAAACCUUACGCAAAAACAACGAGGAACCCUACCACGAGCAGUUAAACCAGCCAUCGGCUGUUCUCAACAAUCACGAAGAAGACGCCUCGUCGCCGCUAGCCGCGCGCGAGGUCACCGGUACCGACAACACGACCGUCAACAUCGGCCUCGCUAUGAACCACGUCAACGACAAGGAAAACGUUAAUCAGCUUAACCCCAACCCCGUACAGGUCAACGAAGUUGAAGAAAUGGACACUCAAGAAGUUGAAUCUGUAGAGACGCAGAACGACGGUGGAGGAGACGGAAACGAGACUCGUCCAGUGAACGGAGAGCCAGAACCUGCCUGUAUUGUACAAGAUCAAGACAUGGAAGAAGAUGAAGCAAGGUCGGAAGCAACUUUCCGCUAUACAGUGGAAAAUUUUUCUAAGAUGAAGGAUUCUCAGUUGUCACCACCUUGUUAUGUCCGUAACCUUCCAUGGAAGAUUAUGGUCAUGCCUCGUACCAGUCAGACGCAGGAGCGCCAGACUCAAAGAUCGCUGGGCUUUUUCUUGCAGUGCAAUGCUGAAAGCGAUUCAGCUUCUUGGAGUUGCUAUGCCGUUGCCGAGCUCAGGCUUCUUUCCAACAAGGAAGGCCAAGAGCCAUUCAGCAGAAAAAUUCAGCAUUUAUUCUAUACUAAAGAAAAUGACUGGGGAUUCAGCCAUUUUAUGACUUGGCAGGAUGUACUUGAAGUUGAAAGAGGUUACAUCAAAGAUGAUUCUAUCACACUUGAGGUGCACGUUGUGGCGGAUGCCCCUCAUGGUGUCAGUUGGGAUAGUAAAAAACACACAGGAUAUGUCGGCCUCAAAAAUCAAGGGGCCACUUGUUAUAUGAAUUCACUGUUACAAACGUUGUAUUUUACCAAUCAAUUACGGAAGGCAGUGUAUAAAAUGCCAACAGAGAGUGAUGAUUCCAGUAAGAGUGUGGCAUUAGCCUUGCAAAGGGUAUUUCAUGAACUGCAGUUUUGCGAUAAACCUGUUGGUACCAAAAAAUUAACUAAAAGUUUCGGAUGGGAGACGCUUGACUCAUUUAUGCAACACGAUGUGCAAGAGUUUCUCCGAGUUCUCUUGGAUAAAUUGGAAAGCAAAAUGAAAGGAACAUGCGUUGAAGGGACAGUGCCAAAAUUAUUUGAGGGAAAAAUGGUGUCCUUUAUUAAGUGUAAGAAUAUAAAUUACACGUCAACAAGAAUGGAAACAUUUUAUGAUAUUCAACUGAACAUCAAGGGCAAAAAGAAUAUCGACGAAUCUUUCAGAGAUUAUGUGAGCACAGAAAUUCUAGAUGGUGACAACAAAUAUGACGCCGGUGAACAUGGCUUACAAGACGCAGAAAAAGGGGUUAUAUUUUCGUCGUUUCCACCUGUUUUACAUUUACAUCUUAUGCGCUUCCAGUAUGAUCCAGUGACAGAUUGCUCUGUCAAGUUCAACGAUAGAUUCGAAUUUUACGAAAAAAUCAGCCUCGAGCCAUAUCUUCAAGCAGAGGAAUCAACAAGAGCUGAUUACACGCUGCAUGCAGUUUUGGUUCAUAGCGGUGAUAACCAUGGAGGGCAUUACGUUGUAUUUAUCAACCCAAAAGGAGAUGGGAAGUGGUGCAAAUUUGACGAUGACGUAGUAUCGAGAUGUACCAAACAAGAGGCUAUUGAGCAUAAUUAUGGCGGCCAGGAUGAAGAUAUGUCGAUGACAGUGAAACAUUGUACAAAUGCGUACAUGUUGGUCUAUAUUCGUGAUUCUGAGCUGAAAAACGUUUUGCAAGAGGUCAAAGAAGAGGACAUCCCUCAAGAGCUGGUGGAGAGGCUGCAAGAAGAGAAGAGAAUGGAACAAAUAAGAAGAAAGGAAAGAAGCGAGGCUUACUUGUACAUGACUGUAAACGUCCUUCUUGAGGACAGCUUUGAUGGCCACCAAGGCAACGAUCUCUACGAUCCUGAACGUGCGCUCUACCGCGUUUUUCGUGUACGCAAACAAACAACCCUUACUGAGUUUCUAGAACAGCUCAGCGACAGUUUGAAAUAUCCGAUAGAACAAAUCCGAAUUUGGCCCUUCAGUCUGCGCUCAAAUCAGACCUGCAGGCCAAUACUUAUUGAGUUCGAAGCUGAUUUGCACAAGGCAAUCAAUGAAUGUGCAGAAAAUGCAAAUCCGUGGAACGUAUUUGUCGAACUUGUCCCACCAGACUCUGGUUUAACUUCUCUACCUCCUUUUGACAAGGAUACGGAUGUCCUAUUAUUUUUCAAGUUGUAUGAUCCAAAAAAUAAAAAAAUACACUACUGUGGUCAUCUCUAUAUGCCAGUGACAGCGAAAGUUCAGGACCUCAUUCCCAUUCUUAACGAAAGGGCUGGAUUUCCUCCUGAUACAGAACUUGCUUUGUAUGAAGAGAUUAAACCGAAUAUGGUUGAAAGAAUUGAAAAUCUAACCGAACCUUUGGAAAAAGUACUUGAAGAAUUGAUGGAUGGUGAUAUCAUUGUGUUUCAAAAAGAAGAACGUGAUACCGAAAUAUACGAGCUGCCUACGUGUAGAGAUUAUUUCAAGGAUUUGUUCUAUAGGGUAGAAGUAACAUUCUGUGACAAAACCAUAAUAAACGAUCCCGGCUUCACAAUGGAACUUUCACAGAGAAUGAACUACGAUCAAAUAGCAAAGGCUGUUGCACAGAGAGUAGGAACGGACCCUUAUCUCCUUCAGUUCUUCAAAUGUCAAAAUUAUAAAGAUUCGCCUGGUCAUCCAUUGAGAUGUACAUUCGAUGGGACUCUGAAAGAAUUAGUUGCAUAUUGCAAACCAAAAACAAAAAAAAUUUUUUAUCAGCCGUUAAGUAUUCGAAUUAACGAGCUAGAGAAUAAAAAGCAAUUCAAGUGUUUCUGGGUAGGCCCUUCUUUAAAGGAGGAAAAAGAAUUGAUUCUUUACCCAAACAAAAGUGGUACGGUUGCCGAUUUGUUGGAAGAAGCUAGAAAGCAAGUAGAAUUGUCAGAAAAUGGCUCUGGAAGAUUAAGGAUAUUGGAAGUAAACUGCUUCAAAAUUUUGCCUGGACCGAAAGAUGAUGUACCUUUAGAAAGCUUGAACACGGCAGGCAACAAAACGUAUAGGAUAGAAGAAAUUCCACGAGAUGAAAUUAAUUUGGCAGAUGAUGAGUUGCUCGUUCCCGUGGCACACUUUCAUAAGGAUAUCUUUUCCACAUUCGGAAUACCCUUCCUAUUCAAAAUGAAACAUGGGGAAUCAUUCGGUAAAUUCAAAGAUAGAUUACUGAAAAAACUCGGGGUACAAGAGAAAGAAUUCGAAAAGUUCAAGUUUGCUGUGGUCACUUUGGGCAAACCACAGUUCAUCAACGAAGAUCCAAGUUACUUCAUCGACCUAUCGGACUUCCGGACUCAUCCAAAUCAAAGUACAGCAACGCAGAGGACUUGGCUUGGUUUAGAGCACGUGAACAAAGCGCCUAAGCGCUCUCGAAUCAAUUAUCUUGAGAAGGCAAUCAAGAUCUAUAACUAGAGAUUAAACUCUCGAAAGAAGGAAGUUAUGCACAGUCACUCACGUAAAUACAUAGCUCUUUCUACAGUAAGAGUGUUGUCUGCUGCACGAUCCCAUGAUUGGAAGACGCGUAACUGUUCAGUUGUUCAGCUAGAUAACGAGCAUAUUUUAAUAAUAUUCUAUUAAUGAUAUUAAGUAAUAAUUCAAGCUUCAUAUACAAUGAAGAGAACGAUUUCGUUGGACGCGCGAAAUGGGAAAGAGCUAAGCGUAAGCUUUUCCUUGAAAAAUGCAAAGAAUUGUAUGUAAAGGUAGCACUUAAGAUUUCUUUAGUUCCUGCAUACAACGUCGGGUGUACAACUUUUCGCUGCUAUUCUUUUACUAAUCUGAUGCUUGGGUUUGAAAACCUUUUUUUUCUCAUUUCUCGUUGCUGAAACCCAACAAUAAAUUUCAAACAGUAUACUGUAUACAGUUCUAGUUUGCUUGCUCAUUUCCAUUCAAUAUCUCAUCCGGCUCUUCUUGGUGAGAUCUUCGAAAAGAUCGUUCAGAAUUGAAAAUUAUUGUCGUGAUAAUACUACGGUAAGUUAUUAUCGUAAUUCCUUGUUCGGCGCUAGUAUCAUACAGAAAUCAAAUUCGGCUCUCCUCAGACGCGAUGAAAGAGACUGUCUGCUCAAUUGCACAGAGGAACUACACUUCGGAACCAGUGGCUGAAGAUAUUACUGAUCUAGCUACAUAAAUAUUUGCAGGCCUCAACUUUGAGCAUUUUAUGAUGCUGAUGUAGUGUUUGUGAGGUGAACUCUCAUGCUGCCCACCAUUGCAACGGAGUGGGAUCUCCCACAUGGGUAUAAAUUUUCCAAUUAUUUCCACCAAACAUAUUUAUAAUAGUAUACAUUUAUGCACAUAUAUACACAUAUGUAUGUAUAUGUAUAUAUAUUUAUGAUAUUAUGGAUAUAUAGGUAUAUUUUUGUUUCUUAGUUCGUCUGUAUUCAGGUUGUUUGAUUGAAAAAUGUGCGGUGAUUCAAAUUGUGAACAAUUUCUGGUGUAAUUUGUUGCUGCAUAGAAUUUUAGGAGAGUCUACUCGUGUAGGUUUUUUUUUUUGUUACCAGCAUAAUGUCACUUUUGUGUAUACAUUGAUAGUUGAUUAUUUACUGAAAUACUAUUGCCAAAGACACCAAUGUCAUCGAUAAAGGUAUAAUUUAAAGUGUUUGAGGUAACGAGAUUCUAAUUCUGAUGGGAGCUGUUAUACACCUGUUAAUGAGCAACAACUUUGACCUAUUUUUGGUGCGACGUUAGAGCCAAAAAAGACGUAUAUAAUAAUGUAUGUAUAUCGGUAUUAUAUAGAAGAUAAAAUUAUCAUUAACAAAUAAUAACAGGUUAUUCUGUUUUGCAAUUGACUUACACAAGAUGAAUUUUAAACAUUUCCUGAAUCCAUAUUAUCUCUUCAUCUCGGAACUCAAAUCUGAUUAGUUUUUUCGGCAUAAAAAUUUGAAUCUAUCGUUUGUUAAUAAAUCAUUGUCGAUAAAAGAAACUUAAUUGUACAAAUUGUAUGACGCCGCAUUGGAUAAAAAUUAAAUUAAUUCUCCCAGAUUAUAACACAUUGUCUGUAUUCAUGUAAUUAAUAAAUGCCACAAUGUGAAUAUCUGAGAAUAAACAUAAUCAUUCUGCAA